UCUCGCUGCAAGUAUUUGCUGAAUAAGUUAUUAAACAAACUUAUAUUUUGACGUUUGCUGAAAGGAAUUUUUGGUUAAUGUCAAUUGUGUCCAGGGAUUGGCAAAAUUUCUGCAAAAUGGAUUUAAAUAGAAAAUUAUUGAAUCAAGGAUGGCAUAUAACGGACGAUGGUCUCAAAAAAGUGACUGCUGCCUUCUCCAAUGCGGGCGGGCCUGAAAUCAAUGAUGAGCGAAAAAUUAUUUCAACCAUUAUGGAUAUGGACUUCCGUGACAUUGCUGCGGGAGCUCUACCAACUAAAAGAGAUGACAAUAUUUCUGGUCUUCGGCGGAGGAGGACAACAAAUGCUGGACCAUAAUGUUAAAAAGAUACUCGAAAAAGGUUUUAGCGAAGAAGACGCUAAGCAGGCUCUGCGUGCUACCAAUAAUAACCUGGAACGAGCGCUAUACAAUCUCAAGCGCCGUGGUGAGAGUAAACGAACAGAAGAGAUCGGAAGUGCCAAAAAUUUACAAGUUACCACCUAUUCUGCAAAGAACGGUCGAGGUCCGCCAGUGCGAGAUAUUGGAAAACGUGGUGGCUCAAUGACAAAAGAAGAAACGGUUGUGGCGAAACCGGCUGGAAAUGUGUCACUUUUCGAUUUUUUGACUGACAAGCUCCCUGUAGAUGCAGCAACGAAUGUGCUUACAACAGCCAAUACUGCAUCUAUACCGCAUACUACGUCUAACGUUUCCACCAAUCCUUUGAAAUCAGGUAAAUUCGAUAGAAAUAAAAAAGAGGCGUCGAAAUCUACACAUACAGACAGUAAGCAUGCGGAGGACAAUGUUGACCCGAAUAGUGUUUUACGACCAAGGUUUGAAAAUAAUAUGUCCAGCAGUUUCGCGGCUAAUCGUUCAACCGGGCUACCAAAUGCUCGUCAAAGGACCGAUCGUGCUUAUAAUCGGGGCGGUCGAAGUAGUCACGAACGAGGCAGAAGUACAUCAAUCUUUAAUCCAUUUAAACACAAUGGCAAUGAACGUGUUAACGACACUGCGCGUGGGUCUGGCAGUCAGACUAUAAAUAAUAACCAUAAUCUAAACCAAGGACGUAUUAAUCGCGGAAACUAUGAACGGGGAAAGGGUUUGAAUCCUUUAAGCGGUGGGUUUCAGGAAAAUGGAACCAGUGGUUAUGCCAGCAAGCGGGCAAAUGAAAGGCAACAACAAAGAAGUCAUGGUGGGGAAGAACGUAGCAGCGGUGGUCAGAAUGAAAGCAGGAAUCGCUUUAAUAGCAAACGUGAGAACAGUAAUCGUCAACAAAAUAAUAAUAUAGAUAAUAAAAAUAGCGCUGCCGCCAAAAAUUCUGGCGCUCAAAACUCAAAUUCCAAUAAUGCAAAUCCAAUGCAUAAAUUAAUAGAAGCUACUUCUAAAAUAAGAUUAUCAGAUCCCGUACGUAAUGAUCCUCAUUUAACGGGAAAUAGCUCGAUUGCCGACGGUCGUUCGAAUUUGCAUGAUUCCCAAUUUGUUGCACAAGCUCAAGGAGGCGCUCAGCUGGCAAACCAAAUCCAAAGUUCAACACAAUUGCCUAAAGGUUAUGGUUAUGAUACAAGUAAAAUUAUCGGAUUUCAAAAUAAAGAAACAAAUGAAUUUGCUUUGACUUUGUUAAAAAGUCAAGGCCUAGGCUCUUCUGAGUCAACAAUAUAUAGUCAACAGCAACGAAAUUUAGUUUCGCCAAAUAUAGAUAAUCCCGGCUCCCAACCAAAUCUACAUAUUUCUAAUGAAAGUUAUAUUUCGCAUGUACCGCCCCAUAUACAAGCCCCACCUCAGCUAAGUGGGUAUGCUGCACCUAUAAAUGAAUAUUCAUCACUAAAUCCAUCUACAGUAGGCACUAUAGCGGCAGUUCAGACUCAUUUUGGAAUGAUACCAGGUGAGGGCUGGGAUUGGAAAGUUGGAGAUCUUUGUUUCGCCAAAUACUGGGAUGAUGGUCGUUACUACGAGGCUGAGGUCACAGCGGUGUCAGAGAAAACAUGUGUGGUGUUUUACCUUGGAUACGGUAACCAUGAAGAAGUUUUGAAAUCUGAUUGUCUGCCAAUAACUGAUGGCAAUCAUUGUCCUAUAAAUAACUAUAAUACAGCUAAUUCAUAUCAACAACCCCAACAAGGAAAAUCCAAUACUAUUAACCAGAUUCAUUCAGCUCAACAGAUCCAAGUAGGUGGCGCCUAUCAGAGAGGAGGAGGUGGACAGCAACGUUUUCGGGGUGAAAGGCAAAUGUAUGUGCCACCACACAAGCGCGAGAAUUGACAUGAUGUGCGAAUGCAUUCUGCAACAAAGUUCCCACUUACAAAACAGUAACUUUAUACGGCUUAUUAUGGAGUUAAUUGAAAAUAUUUCCAUCAUAUAAUAUUACGAAAAAUGUGCGUUAUUCAUAUACAUAUGGAAAUCAUAAGUACAUGUGUACUUACAUAUUAAGGUUAAUUAUAAUGUGCUCCGAAAAAAUA